CACAGCUGAGGAUGAGCUUGUUGCUGAAGGUGCGCUCCGCCUCAACGAGCGGGAAGCCGCUUGCCUUCCUCCCUCCUUUGCCGGUGCCUGGAAGAGGCUCCUCCCUCCCGUGUGACUAGCCUAGCGCCGCAAGCGAGGCGAGGCGAGGCAAGGCAAGGCGGCGGGAGGGAGGAGGAAGAGAGAGACCGAGCCAACAGCGGCCCCCAGCGCAGCGGCAGAAGAAAGAAGAGGCGGCGGCGGAAGCAGAAGCAGCACUAUCUCCAUCUGCCGCUGUAGUGACCUGCCACCUUCCCCUUUCUUAAUUCCUCAUGACGGUUUGGUGUUGCCGAUGCUCCCUGACCAGUCACUUCAGAAACUACUGUAGCCCUGAAACUGAAGGAUGCUUUUUGAAUUCCUUAGUGCAGUACUUUGGUGACAGCUUUGGGUCAAAUGUUAAAACAAUGCCCUUACUAGAAGAAGCUACUCUACCUGUGGACCCACCACUGAGUUUACCAGUAGUAGUAAUAGGUAAUGGACCCUCAGGAAUUUGCCUGUCUUACAUGCUGUCUGGAUACAGGCCAUAUUUGUCUCCUGAAGCUGAACAUCCAAAUCCUAUUUUGCAUAAUAAAUUAAAAGAAGCUAGUCUCCUUUCUAUUGUUGAUCAGGAGUUAGAGUUCUUGGCUGAAGGCUUAGAAGGACGCUCUUCGAAUCCUGUUGCAGUUCUCUUUGACACACUUCUUCAUCCUGAUGCUGACUUUGGAUUUAACUAUCCACCCGUUCUUGAUUGGAAACUAGAACCGCAUCACUACAUCCCUCAUAUGGUGCUUGGCAAAGGACCACCUGGUGGGGCUUGGCAUUCUAUGGAAGGUUCUAUGCUGACUAUCAGCUUUGGAGACUGGAUGGAACUGCCUGGAUACACUUUUAAAGAUUGGGCUGCUACUAAGCGAAGAAAUAUAAAGUGUGACCGAGUUCUGCCAGAUGAAAUUGCUAACUAUUACAAGCACUAUGUUAAAGUCAUGGGUCUACAGAAGAACUUCAGAGAAAACAUUUAUAUAACUUCUGUGUCAAGGCUUUACCGAGAGCAGGACCAUGAAGAUGAAAGUGUAGUGAGUCAAGAUGCUUUGCCACAACAUUUGCAACUGGAAGAGCAGGUUGGGCAGACUACUCUGAUCAAGAGAAACUGGGAAAUCAGAGGUUAUCAGAGAGCAGCAGAUGGCUGUCAUGUACCAUUCUGUUUGUUUGCUGAGAAUGUUGUGCUUGCCACUGGAACUUUUGAUGCUCCUGGCAGACUCCAAGUAGAAGGUGAAGACUUUCCUUUUGUGCUCCAUUCCAUAUCUGAUUUUGGAGCAGCCAUCAACAAAGGAAUAUUACGUGGGAAAGUGGACCCAGUCUUGAUCAUAGGUGGUGGACUCACAGCCGCUGAUGCAGUUCUGUGUGCUUAUAACAACAACAUCCCCAUAAUUCAUGCGUUCCGUAGGAAGGUCACUGACCCAAGUUUAAUUUUCAAGCAGUUGCCUAAGAAGCUUUACCCAGAAUACCAUAAAGUCUACCAUAUGAUGUGCACUCAGUCAGUUACUACAGACUGUAAUUUGCAUCGUACAUAUACCAGUUUUCCUGAACAUCGGGUACUUUCAUUUCAGCCAGAUAUGAAAUGUAUCCUGCAGAGCGCCUCUGGACUGAAGAAGAUGUUAAAGUUCUCUGUAGCCUUAGUAUUAAUAGGUUCUCAUCCUAAUCUAUGCUUCCUAAAGGACCAAGGCCAAGGUAUAGGCCAUAACCCAAAUGAACCAAUUACAUGCAAGGGUAACCCUAUUGAAAUUGAUCCAUAUACAUAUGAGUGUACAAAAGAACCCAAUCUUUUUGCAGUAGGUCCACUGGUUGGAGACAAUUUCGUUCGCUUUUUAAAAGGGGGGGCACUGGGCAUUACACGGUGUUUAGUUACAAGGCAGAAGCAGCAUCAGCAUCAACUCAUAGUUGAAAAAGAAGGAGUUUGAGUGCCCUGAAGCAAACAGCCACAGACAUCAUCUAAAGAACUACAGGCAUAUGCUAAUAAGUGACUCAUAACAUCUACAGUCAUUAGCAGCCUUGUUUUUGUUAUAUGUAAGUGUUCUUCAUACUUGCAUUGCCUUGUAGAGGAGAAUGAGACUAUAGUAUUCCAGCCUGUACAAAAAUUGUUUUUACUGGAAUUGCUUCCAGGUAAAGAAUCAGUAAAUGAUGACAAGACAUGCAAA